UGAUUUUGACAAUUGACAAUUAUAAUAUAUUUUAUAUUUCGCUUGUCCUGCCGAAUUGGUUACCGCAUGUGUAAAUCUCAUGAAUUAUAUUGGAAACCGGAAAGACAAUAAAACAUUUUAAGUGAAAUUCAACUACAAUGUCACGACAAGUGGAUGUAAAGGCCCUAGUAUCGCACGUAGUUCGCGGUGACGGUGUUAAUAGGUGCCGAAUAUGUAUGGGAGAUACUACAGAAGGACAAGUACACUUAAACGAUACGGUUAUAAUGGACGGUGAAAGACCUGUAACGCUUUCCGAACUCCUGGAGACUGUUACUGGAAUCCAGAUGCAGCUGGACACAGACGGAGACCUGCCAGCCGGAGUGUGUCCAGAAUGCUCGAAAUGCGCUUUAAACGCAGCGGAAUUCAGAACACUAUGCCACCAUGCAAUCAGCCAGUGGGAGUUAACUAUUCAGCUCUUACAAAACUUACCCGGGCAAUGUAAUGAAAAAAUCCAAACAAUGUUUGCCAUCAUAGACAAAAGCCAAAUGACUAUCAUCAAUGAUGACAUGUCUGAUGAUUCAUUCAGCAUAAAUUCAGCUGCUCAAAGAUUAACAGAACACAUAAACCCGCAAACGAAUAUCAUUAAAAAAGAUAAUCAUUUAUCAUUAUGCAAAUGUCCGAACUGCGGGAAAGAAUUUCAGUAUAGCCAUCAAUUAAGUCACCACUUAAAAGAAUCAACGGAUCUCAAACGUGCUUGCCAUAUUUGCUCAAAAAUUAUGUUACGUAAUGAUCUAGUCACGCACAUGUUAGAUGUUCAUAAAAAGAAUCCAUAUGAUUGCAAAAAAUGCCCCGCAUUGCUGUAUUCUCAUAAUCAAUAUAUGAGACACUUAACGAAGGCACACACUCGUGGUGCAUGUACGUGUAUUGAAUGUGGUCGUAAUUUCCAAUCGUCGAACGCUUAUCAUGCACAUGUCUCGGUACACAGACCGAAAAGUUGUCCGAGCUGUGAUAAAUUGUUCCGCAAUCAAACUUGUUACGUUUACCAUGUGAAAGAAUGUUGCAAUUUAGAUAGAAACAGAGAAGACACACAUCACACAAAGAACAAAGUUACAGUAGACGUCAAGAAUGAAAACAGCAAGAGAAAUAUAAAAGUAGGCCUCCGAGGGAGUGCGGCCAAGGAAUGCAUAUGUGAUCACUGUGGGAAGAAGUUUGCAGGGAAAAAGUUUGUCGCAGCACAUAUACAAAUUGUUCACAUGAAGAACACCCAUCGCCCCUGUGUGUACUGUGGGAAGUUUCUAGCAGCAGCGCAUAUGACACAGCAUGUAAAAAAACAUGAAUCAGAUCCAUCAUACACAUGUCAACAUUGCAGUAUAGUUCUCAAGACUCGGCUAGGAUAUAUUCAACAUUUACGCCUCCACACCGGAGAGAGACCGUACGCGUGUGAUAUUUGUGGUGAAACAUUUUCGGCGUCUUCUAGACGGUCAGAACAUAUACGUAGAGUACAUAAAAGCUCGGAUAUAAUAUUGAAGCAAGCGUGUCAUUUGUGUCCAGCGAAAUUUCGGCUCCCUUAUAGAUUGAAAAAGCAUUUAAAAACAGUUCACAACGACGAAGGCGAUGUGUCGCAAUCGCAGUUCGAAUGUCAAGUGUGCCACGAUAAAUUCAGUUCGUGCCGUGGGCUGUUACAUCAUAGCCGGAAACAUCAAAACAUAACAGCACCAGACUCAUCAGUCAUGUUCAAAGUUUACAGCGACUGAUUACUCGCAUGGUUUCAGGUCGAGGAGGAAAUCGAACUACCCACGGGCCUGUGCUGCAACUGCACGAACAGCGCCAUCUGUGGGUGGCAGUUCAAACAGCUAUGUCUCGAAUCGAACAAACAUUGGAGAAGGACAACGCUGUUGUUAUCUAAAACGAGAUUUCAGCCAACAAGCAAAGAUAAAACAUUGUACAUCGGCUGCAAUACUUUAAUAAGGGAUAAUAUUGAAAACAAACACCCAACGGAUGCGAUCGAUAGACUCAACUCGCUCGUCGGUUCAAAGAAAAAAAAAACGAGAUCUAAAUAUAAGAAAAAAGACGUAGAUAACAUUUAUAAGUGUAAGGAUUGUGGCAAAGAUUUCACGGUUCCCUAUUUCUUGAAUCGUCAUUUGCUAAGUACGAAAAAACGCGCCUGCACUCUCUGCGGUAAGAUUUUACCGAGAGAAAAUUUGGCGAGACAUUUGAAUAAAGUUCACGCUAAGUUUGUGUUGAAUUGCAAUAUCUGCGAGAAAUUAUUCGAUGAUCAAUUCGAUUUGGAAAAUCACCAGAUAAUAUUACACGGAGACGGCUCGUAUCAAUGUAAAAUCUGUAAGAAUGGCUUUAAAAACGAGAGAUCCCUCCGUGCCCACAUGUACACACACACCCUGUUCAAUUGUUCAUCCUGUAACGCUAGUUUUGAAAAUAGAAAAUGUUACACGCAUCACAGAAAACACUGCGAUGGUUCCAAACACACAACAGAAGGUAUAUACGAAUGCAAUGAUUGCGGUAAUAUAUACACGAAGAAGCCGUCGUUAAAGGUUCACAUCGUUCAGAAACAUCUGAACGUUCUGCCGUAUGUUUGUCAGGUAUGCGGAAAACGUAGUUCGACGAAAACUCAUCACAAAGCCCAUGAACUCAUCCACAAAACGGAAAGGAAAGUCUACCAAUGUUUCUGCGGUGCGAAGAUGCUGACAGAGCUCGGUUUCAAUAUGCACCAGAGAAUACAUUCCGGCGAAAAGCCCUACGAAUGCACCAUAUGUGGUGACAGGUUCCUGUCGGCUUCGAGGAGGUUGGAUCACAUCAAGAGAAGACAUAGGAGCAAGGAGAUGGCGCACCGUUGUGAUCAAUGUGAGGCUAGGUUCCCCCAAGAAGAAUAUUUAUUCCCAAAGGGUUUUUGUAUAUCUUGUACGAGUGUUGCGAUUGCAUCGUACGAGUUCAGAGUAUUUGUACGAAAGUCAGAGAAACUGUGGACAAACUGUAUAGAGUCGCUUCAAACGGUACCAACUUUGACGACGUCCCAGAAAUCUAUUUACGCGAUCGUACGCGAUAACUUAUUAAUCCAUACCGUCAAUAACUUCGAGGGUAACGCGAAGGAUUUAUUAGACCAUCUCACGAAUAGAUUCGUAGCGAGGAAGAUUUUAAUAGAGAGGAAACCAAGGCACCCGAGACACCCCAGGGCUGGACCGUCGUGUAGCUGCACGGAUUGUGGGAAAAGUUUUCUCAGUCCGUAUUACUUGAAUAUGCAUUUGCGUAAUAGCGGUCAGAAAGAGGCUUGCUGGCUCUGUGGUGCGAUGGUGAUAAGAGGGAAAGAGAUGCACGAACAUAUGGCAAAAAUACAUAAGACCGAUAUGUUCUUAUGUACCGAAUGUCCAAUGCUCUUUAAAAGUGAGAUGGAACGCAAGCGACACGUAAAGAAGUGUCACGGGCCAGGAGUAUUGACGUGCGCUGAUUGCGGUAGAACAUUCCAGAGACCCGGAUCGUUCGAAGUGCAUCUACAAAUGCACGCAGUUAGGACGUGCCGAGCUUGUGGCGCGCAGUUCGCGAAUCGCGGUUGUUACAGGGAACACAGGUCGAAAUGUGAACCGAACGCUAAACCGGACUUGAAAACGAUACCGAGGAAUAAGAGAUCGAACAUUCGAGAUCCGGCAACGUUCACUUGUGACUAUUGUAAUAAAACGUACCAUUCGCGUCCGCAGCUAAAGAACCACAUAUUAUGGAUACAUAUGGACAUACGACCACAUCAGUGUCAAUGGUGCGGCAAGCGUUUUUACACUCCAGCGCGUUUAGCUGAACAUUCGGUUGUUCACACGCGCGUCAGGAACUUCGAAUGUGAUAUUUGUGGCGCGAAAUUAGUAUCCAAAAUGGCCGCCGUAUACCAUAGACGAAGGCAUACGGGCGAAAGGCCGUACGAAUGUCAGGAUUGCGGUGAAAAGUUUAUAUCGUCGUCACGGAGAUCAGAACACGCGAAACGUAGACAUAAUAGAGGUGCUCGGCUCCAAUGUACGGAGUGUCAUGCGAGUUUUGUUAGGAAUCAUGAGUUAAAAAAACAUAUGGAUAAAGUUCAUAAUCCAGAUAAUCACUUGAUGGUUAAAAUAAAAAAGGAAAAGUUUUUCCCAAUCACGAAAACUGAAAAGCUUUAAAAUGUAUUCCAUAGACAAUAAUUUUAAAUGGUGCUGUGUCAAUUCAGGAGAUUUGAAAUAAUGAUAUGCUGUCUCGAGAAUUAAAACCAAAUAAAUUCGAUUUUAUAAUUGUUUUUAUCGUUUGUUAUAAAAUUAGCUUCUCAGAGUCGGUUUAGCGUUUAACGUUACCGCCACACCUACGACGUGGUUCGAGUAUUUUACCUUUAUCAAAAAAUCUAACUAGCACAAAAAUAUUUAUUUCGAAUCGUACCGUCUGAAACUUAGUAUCGCAAACGAACAAACUAUUUAGCUUUGUAUAAUUUUAUCAAAUUAUUCAAAGUUAUCUGAAAACCGAUGCAUUUUGUUCCACAUGCAU